CCUAAUGUUUGGUUGUGGACUGACUUGGCGUGAGAUAUAAAACGGACAGUUAGUGUUGAACUGAACAAAUUCCAACCGGCCGUUGUGUGCGUCAAAACGUAACUUAAUCCGUGAUGAUGUCUAAGAUUUGCUUGAUUCUUGCACUGCAGUGGACCGUGGUAUUCACAACAUCCGGACCGAAUGUGUUCACACUAACGAAGGAAAUGCAAAGUCACCUAAACGAACAAAUCUCUGCAGAAUACGACGCAUUUUAUGUUUACGAAAACAUGGCGGCAUACUUCUCACGUCCUUCAGUUGGGCUAGCCGGAUUUGGAAAGUUUUUCCGCAAGGCGGCCGAUGAAGAGGUGGAACAUGCCAGAAAAUUCACAGAAUUUGUCAACCGACGAGGAGGCGUUGUCACGUUGAAGCAUAUUAUGCCAACUCCAGAGUCAACUCCGCAAUCGUUUACAUCCGUCAAGCAGGCCAUCGCUCUAGCGAUCGAUAAAGAAAUCGAAGUUGGCAGGAAAAUCCACACAAUGCAUAUGGUUGCUGGAGAAAACAAGGAUUCAGAGGCCCAGAAUUUCUUGGAUCCUUUUCUGACGGAGCAAGUUGAAUCGAUUAGCAAGUUGCGCUCGAUGGCUGCCCGCAUGGAAUUGUGUGACAGUGCAAUCUUCUUGAUGGACCAGGAACUGCGUUAGACUUCUGUCGACACACUUGAUUUGGUGUACAUGAUCCAUUUCAACAUCUCCAUUCCGCAUCCCUCCGUCAACGUUCAUGACGAAUAGCAUUAGCACGGAUGUUCAUACACAUCAUCUCCGAGCACAUCAUAAAUCCACUUUACAUCAUAAAUUUGCUCUUCAAAAAGUUAUUAAUAACCCCUUUGGUCUUUAUGGUCAAUCUGGUGGGAGCCAUAUGUUUCUAUAUUUGAAGUUUCCUCGAAAGGAAGACUGAAUUCACUUGAACGAUAUAUUUCUCACUAUUUUCACGCAAAAAACCUCCGCGUACAUCUCAGGAGUCUUUUGAUUUGUGCGAUUCUCACUUCCGUUAUCGUUCGUGGCUUUACUCAAGAAAACGGUUUUGAAAACUAGUUUGGUAUGAGUGUAUCCCGGCGAAGGAAGCAAACUCUGUGAAAAAAUGAUCGGAAACCUCGCACAGUUGAACACUCACCUGCAAAUGAAGAUGUUAUUACUGGU